UCCACGGCAAUCUUGUGCCAAACCCUACCCGACUGAUAGGAGCUGAUAUCUUCCGACCGAAAUCGGGUUUGUGUUUGCACCAAAAAAAAAGGUUUAUCUACGACAAGUGACAAACGGUUGGUAAUUCUAUGGGUUUUAGAGAGAAAAUCAGUUCGUUUUUUUAUCUUUUCAGAAUUCCGACCUGUUACGUUACGUGGCAACGAAUCAAAAUUCAAACAUUUUCGAAUAAUCGACAUUCAGAUGUUCUUUUUUUUGCAAACUUUCAAGAUCGACGCACCGCGAACGGAUCGGCCCAACCAGUGUACUCAAACGAGUCACCAGUCGUGAAAACAUCGGUUCUUCAAUUAAUAAUCAGUGAUGAUCGGGCCAACGAUAAACGUUACACGCGGUCAAUAGUUUAUGGUGAUUUUUUCCCGCUUCUGUGCUAAGAGAACAAUUGCACCUCCGGUGUGAGAAAUAGUGCAUUGGUGGUGUAGUAUGGGAAAGUGCAUACCGAUGAACAAAAUGUGUUAACCUGGUGAAUGAAAGAAUUGACGAUAGGUCUGAAAUUGCAUAAAAAGUAUAGUGUUCAAACUGUUGCCAUCAGAGACCGGAGGAAACAAAAAAAAACGAAGAGGAGUUAUUUGAUCUGAUUAGGCUCACAGGAGUGAAAGAACUCUGAAAAACCCGUCGGUAAUUGGUGGAACCGGUAGUGUUAAUUCAGCACCGACCCACCCAACAACCGAAAGCGAGGACUUUUUUCUAGUUUUUUUUUUGUUUUCCUGUUGAAAAUGCAAAUCAAACGAUUUUUUUAGACGGAACCACAGAAAGAGUUUGGUGCGGAAAAAUUUGCUGCUUGAAAGGUGAAAAAUUGUUUCUAGUUGUGUCGGGUUGUUUUCGGUACGAUGAUAUCAUAGAACGGAAAAAGUUACUCGGUUCGAAUUACUGAAGUGCAGUGACUCAGGGAAACAUUAAUCAUCUUCGAUUCGUACGGACUAAGAUAUGUACCGUUCGACCGAAUGCAGUUGACCGAGAUAUGAAUUGAACUUGAGUAUGUGUGCGUUAGUGUCGUUACUGCUGGUACAUAAAUAGAUAGCGCGUGAUAAGCUACCGGUCCUAACGAAUGAUUAAACUAAUCGGAUAGCGAUAAGGUAUGAUUUAAUUAAGCCUGAAGCGAAAGAUUUACGUCCCGGGCUUCGAAAUAAAUAGACAUGACAGAUAUUCGGUACGCCUAUUUCGAACAUGAGCUCAUCCGCCGCGAGGAUGCAAAUCACCCGUUAGAAUUCUGCAUCACGUAGAGCACUUACACUCUUAUCCCAUCACCACACAGCCACACACACACCCACCCAACACGCGUACAGCAAUGAACGAUACUCUGGUGCAAGUGCGCUAUUUCCUGCUGCUAAGCCCAACCCGGCCGGAAUUGAAGCAACUGAUUCUCCAGCAGCGGUGGAGAGAUGAUGAGGAUGAAAACCAGCCAAGGUCGGAAAAUGUGCUCUCGGAUUCGGAACAGACGCAGCUGCUACUGUACGAUAUCUUCAUUCCGCUGCUCGGUACGCUGAUAAUCGUUCUUAAUCUGGCAGUCGUUACCUCGAGCUUACUGCUUCUGCGAAAAGGUCAGCAACCAUAUACGACGUACUUGUUCCUGGGAAAUGUGGCCGCCGCGGAUCUGCUGAUGGGAUUCGCGGUAAUAUACGGGCAAUAUGCGCCCAAGGAAAUCCGAGGGGAGGACAAUUGCGCCUUUCUGAUUGGAUUAAUUGUAUCCACCACAAUCGUCUCGGUGUACAGUGUGGGACUGAUUGCCGUGGACCGCUACCUGUACAUCGUCUACGGACUGCAGUACCAGCGCUACAUCACACCAAGCCGGGCUAAACUUCUGAUUGCUGCCACCUGGCUCAUAGGACUCAUCAUCGGCUUUCUACCGGCGUUCGGAUGGCGUGGUGACACAGACAACGGGCGUGUCUGCUGGUUUAUACGGUUAGCUCCACCCGCUCUCGUUAUUCUGACCACUGUGGUCGGAAUACUUCCGUUGAUUUUGGUUAUUGUACUGUACAGUAUUAUCCUGCACAAAGCCCUCCGUAGAGUGGCUCAGCUGAAAAAAGCUGGUCGUCAGCAACAGGGUGUAUUAUCGGGUAAUCUGCGUCUAUUCCGCGGUGGAACGGCGGCUGCUUCUAACGGAAACACAACGGAUUCGGAGCAACCGCUGGCCGAGGAGCAGCCGAAGCCAACGAAAUGUUUCCGCUGCUGUAGAAAGCGACCGAUUGAUGGACGACCUCCGGUUGACACCGUCUCAACCGGAAGACAUCCCACCAAAUGGAAGGCCAUUAAGGUGGUCAUGCUCACGACGGGAUGCUUCACUGUAACAUGGCUGCCAUAUUUCAUCGCUAGCACCAUGUACGUCCUGUGUGACCCAGAAACCAAUCCCGAUCUGUGUCGUGGCUUACAGUUUGCCAUUGCCAGCCCGCUGGCCAUUCUUGGUUUCACCAACAGUCUAUUGAAUCCCUUUAUCUAUGCCUGGUGGCACAACGGCUUUCGAACCUCAGUAAAGAAGCUGUGGAGAAAAAUGUGCCGUUGUUGCUACAAGCAAAACAACAAUAAAUCAUCCCUACGAAAUCCGGUGGCAGCUACCAGCAGCGGUGGUGAUGAAAGUAUUGACAACGGGCAGCAACCACGAAGUUCCGAUACUACGACUACAACCUCCGUUCCUGUUAUGGGGAGCCCGUCUUACCGGGUAUCAUCAAUGAACAUGACUAACAACAACAACAACAACCGAACGCUUCCAGCCGUCAUCACGUACGACAGCAGCACCAGUGACCUGGAAAAUCAAACAACCGACACGGACAUCGAUCGCCCCAGAGCGCAAACGAGAUUGUAGCCGUUUUGCAUCCCUCUACUCGAACCGACAAAAACGACAACUUCGCACGUGCCAGCACCACCAGCAGCGCAAGUCUGAGUCAAGAAUGACGAUAAGUUAUUUGUAAACUCAUCCCAGCAACAGUAUUAGCAGUCCUAGGAAUAAUAAAUAACAUUUGCAAUGAAUCCAGCUCCUCCAGUGCGUUUAGACGGCGGGCGAAAUGGGAUGCUGCUGAUGCCGUUUUCUUUCUGUUCUCUCUCUCAGUUUGAAUGUAGGUGUCAUGGAGAUGAAUGGGAUGUCAAGGAAAUACAAACUUUGUUCGCCAACCAUGUAACUAUUCACGACGAGGCUAUUUCAUGUUUCUGCUGUGGACAUUAUGCUCUGGACGAGUUUUAUUUCGAAUAACAAGCUUUGGAA